AUGAAGCUCAGAUCGAAUACAGAGGUAUGCAGGAAAACAAUUAAGAAGGCAGAGAGAAUAUACUUAACAUACGAAUUGAAGAGUCUUUACGCCAAAAAGGAGCAAACAAACGAUGAGUUGCUAUCAAUUCAUUUAGAAUUAGCGGAGCGCAUACCAAUCGACUGCUUAAUGGAGCUUUUUGAUCAAAUGAAAACGCGCAUAAGGAAAGCCAUGAAAGAAAAGUACAAGAAAUUGAAAGGAAAACUAAAAAAGUUACAAACGAGUCAAGAAGGAGUGAACAAAAAACAGAGAGAGAAACCCGAAUUCCAUGCCAGGUUCGUAAACCUUACAGAAGUUCUCAUCAACAAAGAAGAAUCGCGAGUUUUAGAAAAAGGGCUCAAACAUAAUAUCCAGAAUUACAAUAAGGAAAAGGAAAUUGAGCAGACAAUUGUAGAUGCGGAAAUAGCUAUAUCUAUGCUGCCGAAAGAGGAACAGGAACACACUAGACACAGGUGCAAACAGUUAAUUGAAAAGGAAAUCAAAGCCAAAGGAAACAAAAACCACAGCAAAGAAAGCAAUAUAAUUAAAGGUCUGAAGCAGAAACUAAAAAACAACAACGUAAUCACGACCAAAGCUGACAAAGGAAACACAACUGUACUAAUGAAUAGAGAUGAAUACAUACAAAAAACGGAACAGCUUAUCAAAGAAACUAGAUGUAGGAAGUUAGCAAAGGAUCCCACUGAGGAAUACCAGGCCACAAUAAAAGAGACCAUAAAGAAAGCUACAAAAAUAAUAAAGCCGAACCAAAUACAUACAUUGACAAUCAUGAAUCCAUCAGCUCCUCCGAUGAAUGCACUACCUAAAAUCCACAAACUUGGCACACCCAUGAGACCAAUCAUAAACCACAGAUCGGCCCCAAGCUAUAAACUAUCAAAACACUUAAAAACUAUACUAAAGGACAACCUUGGAUUGCCCAAUAAGUACACAAUAUCUAAUACAACGGAAUUGAUUGAAAAAAUAAAAGACUCAGCGAUCACGAUGGAUACUAAACUGGUAUCAUUCGACAUAAAAGAUCUAUACCCAUCGAUACCAAUAACGGAAACAAUAGAUAUCGUAUUCAAAAUACUGAUUGAAAAAACAGGAAACAGAGAAAUCGCCGUAGAGAUAACUAAUACACUCAGAACGACGUUGCAUCAAAAUUACUUCAAAUUUAACAACAACAUAUACAUGCAAACAAACGGGCUAGGCAUGGGCAACCCCACAUCGGCGAUCCUUAUGGAGGUAUUCAUGCAGAAUCUGGAAGAAAGGUACGUGGAGUAUCUUACAUCACAACUAGGAGCGACGUUCUACGCCAGAUACGUAGAUGACAUCAUAUGUCUUAUAACAAAGAAAAAUGAAGGACAGAUAUUGGAAUACCUCAACAAACAGCACAGCAAUAUAAAAUUCACAAUGGAACAAGAAAUGCAAGGAAAGCUAAAUUACUUAGAUCUGACGAUAAAAAUAAAUAAAAGCACCAGCAGUCUGCAAUAUGAAAUUUUUAGGAAGCCCACAGCCACAGAUACAAUAAUACAUAAUACAUCGAACCAUCCUCAUCAGCAUAAAAAAGCCGCUUUUAGACAGAUGAUCAAUAGAAUUGAGCGAAUACCACUAACAAAAGAAGGAUACAACAAAGAACUGAACGCAAUAUAUGCCAUAGCGGCUAAUAACGGAUACAAAAGAGAUCUGAGAAAUAGCAAACAAACGACAACCCCACCGCCCAUGGUUGCAUUUUAG